UAUGACGUAUGCUAGACAAUUAGCCAAAUAUAUCAAUAUAGAUAUCUAUGGAGCAUGUGGAACUAAAUCCUGCAUAAAAAGUGAUUCAAAAAAGUGCUUAGCAAUGAUUAAACAAAACUACAAAUUCUAUCUUGCUUUUGAAAAUUCAAAAUGUUUAGGAUAUUACACAGAAAAGUUCUCACAGAAUGCACUUCGAAACAACGCUAUACCUAUUGUUCUUGGAGUGUCACGUGCUGAAAUAAAAGCAGCCGCACCCCCUGGAUCCUAUAUUCACGUAGAGGAUUUCGAUUCACCGAAACAAUUGGCAGAUUAUUUGCAUCGUAUAGACAAAGAUGACAAUUUAUUUAAUCAGUAUUUCCGAUGGAAACGUUAUGGUAAAAUGACCAAUACAAAGACCUGGUGUAGACUUUGUUCCAUGCUGCAUGAAAAAUCCUUGCCAUCCGUUACACAAAAAGACAUUGAUACAUGGCGGAGUAAAUCGUGUAUUGGAGCUAGGAAGUGGGGCUACUAGUUAUCUAAAGAAUGCGACUGACGAUUUUUUAUUUUUUCAUUCUUAGAGAUAUCCUUCUAUGGUUUUUAUGUAGUAGAAAUCAUAUGGAAAUCUAGCUUGUGGAUUUUUUUUAUCUCGGACAAGUUCUAUAAUGGUGGCCGAUCGACUUUUUUUAAAAGAGUUAUGCCCUUGGAAAUAUUAAAUCUAUGGAAAAUGGCCUCGUUAGCGCUCUCAAAGGUACAAUUAUUGUCAGAUUUUUAUAAAACUUAUACUAUAGGUUAAUAUCAGUAAUAUCUCAGACAAGUUGUAUAAUGGUGGACGAUCGACUUUUUUUAAAAGAGUUAUGCCCCUUGGAAAUAUAAAAUAUGUGCAACGCGGGGGACAUUGGAACUCUGUUCUUUUAUUGAAUACUAA